CCAAAUUAUCCAUUUUUCUCACGACUUCCCAUCGAUGUCGUACAGACGUUCAUCACCCAACUUCACAUUGGCAAGGAUGUAGCUCGUGCAAUCCAGGAUCAAUGCUUUGGGACGAAUACAUGGCGUCUCCUUAUACUUAGGGGAGUAUUUGCACAUGGAAUUCUUCACUACGUUCUAUCCUCACGCCACUGGAGAGUCGAUUAUGGUUUGGACCUUAGCCGAAGUCUUCUAGCAGUGCCAUACAGGGCCAAGGAUGUCCCUUCACUGUUGGCGGAAUUUGGCCAUCCAGAUGUUGCCAUUUCUCUUAACUUGCCUAUCCUACUACUACAAUGGAUUGACCGAAGGUCAGCUCGAAACUUGUUUCCAGCUUCUCUUCAAACAAGACGAUCCAUUUUCGGAAUAUGAAACCUGGAUCAAGAUCAGUCGUGCCAUACCAGCGCAGUUGCGGAGUCAACAUCAAGGACAAGGAGCAAUGGUCGACCUACCUUGUUCCUCUGUUCCGCCAAAACCACUUUGUUAUCGAUUUCUUCUUGUCACAGGUUGUCUUCCCAAAAGAAGCAAAGGAGUUCCCGUCAAAGCUCUCUUCGUCAGGAUGGGAUCUUGCAGAGAGCAACCCCAACGUAACGACAGGCUUCAGCGGCACUAACGAUAAUCAGUACCUUCUCCCUACUUCUAUCCAGCAAUGCGAUCCCCUCAAUCAGCAAAGCACGAAUGCUAAAGUCUUGACUUAUCUUCUGCAGCCUGAGAACAAUCACUAUUCGUGUCUGCACAAUUUCCAUAACGGAAAUAGCCCAACCGCUCAAGAGUUCCUUGGUCUUCUCGUCCAAGAACAACCUGAAGUCCGAGUACUGCUAGAUGUUGGGGCGCAGAUGCUCGAACUUCGCAAAGAGCAACUGGUCAAGCAUUGGCUCUCUUUACGUCCGGACUUGUCGGCAGUUGUGUAUUUCAGUGAGUCGGACGAAUUGAUGGUACUGAAUCAACGCGAUAGCACGGAGCCACUGCUGUUGCCUCCCUUGAAGUACCAGCUGGACAAGUGUCUGGUCUAUCUUGAUCAAGCCCAUACGAGAGGCACGGAUCUUAAGUUGCCCUUACAUUCAGAGCAGCAUACGAAAGAUCCUCUUGUGCAAGGCGCCAUGAGAAUGCGACAGCUAGGCCAAGGACAGUCAGUGAUGUUCUUCGCACCGCUCGAGAUAGACCAAAGGAUCAGGAUCGCAGCGAAAAAAUCCGAAUCGGCCGCGUUGGAAACCAUCGAUGUUCUGCGUUGGGUCAUGAUUGAAACGUGCGAUGGUAUCACCUAUCAUGUUCCUCACUGGGCACAGCAAGGACUAGACUAUUUCCGGAGAAGGGAUGCCUGGGACGCUUUCAUUGAUUCGGAAUUGGCCGAUCAUCUUCUCCACCCUUGGAUUCAGCCAGAAGGACGCUCUCUCGUGGAUUUAUACGGGGUGAAUACAAGCACCGCCACCAUAAAUGAAUCUCUUAUGAGCAUUCCGGGGCUUCGAGACCGUUGUCGAAAGAUUGGCGUCACAUUUGUAUCUGGCAGUAACAUGGAUGAAAAGCAGGAGAGGGAAGUGAGCCAGGAAAUAGAGCGGGAACAGCGGAUCGAAAGGCCAGCAAAGUGCGAACCCGCGACGCAUUCCAUACUCCGUCACAUCCGUAGUCUCCUUGAAACAGGCACCAUUCGCUCAAACUCUACCCUCGUGCCGUUAUUCUGUCGUCUCAAGAGGUCUCGAAUCAUACAAUGGAGACGCAUGGGCUUCUCGGCUACUAUGCACCAGUGACUUCACGAAAACCGACUUGCGUGAGGACUAUGUGUCCGUACGGGGAAGGUUCCAGGAUCCCUCUUCGCAAUUCCUGAGAUCUGUCAACUGGAUCAUCUCUUCCACGAAGGGCGAUGAACUGCGACUGGUUGUCCUCAGCCCAUUCGAAGUCAAUGAGCUAUUGCCUAUCAUACGAACCAGCAAAGUCUUCCAUUACUUCCCACGACUCCUCGGUCCGCUCGAUGUCUUCUCUGUCGAUAGCCAUAUAGCGACGCGGCUCAAUAUCUUCGCAGGCCAGUUAUACGUGACGGAUUACGGUGCCUAUCGUACGCUUUGUUUGUUUUUGGGUCUUCACUUGGCCGGUGAAACC